AUGUCUACUUCUCUUGAGCAAUUGAAGGCCUCUGGCACGACCGUUGUUUGCGACUCCGCUAUCGGCAAAUACAAGCCUCAAGAUGCCACCACUAACCCCUCCCUGAUCCUCGCCGCUUCCAAGAAGCCAGAAUACGCUAAGCUUAUCGAUGCUGCUAUUGCUUACGGCAAGCAAAACGGCUCCGACCUCGAUGCACAAGUCGACGCUGCUUUGGACCGAUUACUCGUAGAGUUCGGAAAGGAGAUUCUUGCCAUCAUUCCAGGAAAGGUCUCUACCGAGGUUGACGCCCACUAUUCCUUCGACACCCAGGCUUCCGUCAAGAAGGCUCUCCGCAUCAUCGAGCUCUACGAAUCCGUCGGCAUCAAGAAGGAGAGAAUCUUGAUCAAGGUCGCCUCCACCUGGGAAGGUAUCCAGGCCGCACACAUCUUGCAGUCGCAACACGGCAUCAACUGCAACUUGACCCUCAUGUUCUCUCUCGUCCAGGCCAUCGCUGCCGCCGAAGCUGGUGCCUACCUCAUCUCCCCCUUCGUCGGCCGAAUCCUUGACUGGUACAAGGCUGCUAUGAAGCGAGAGUACUCCGCCGGGGAGGAUCCAGGUGUCAAGAGCGUGCAGAACAUCUUCAACUACUACAAGAAGCACGGCUACAACACCAUUGUCAUGGGUGCCUCGUUCAGAAACAUUGGUGAAAUCACCGAGCUUGCUGGAUGCGACUACCUGACUAUCUCUCCCAACCUCCUUGAAGAGCUGUACAGCUCCAAGGCCGCCGUGCCCAAGAAGCUUGACCCAGCCGGUGCUGCUGGUCUCGACAUCCCCAAGCGCAGCUACCUAAACAACGAGGCUCUUUUCCGAUUCGACUUCAACGAGGAGCAGAUGGCCGUCGAGAAGCUCCGAGAAGGUAUCUCCAAGUUCGCCGCCGACGCCGUUACCCUCAAGGGCAUCAUCAAGGAAAAGAUCCAGGCCUUCGCAUGA